CUCGGUUACCAAAGGUUCAAUUGAGUUCGUAAGGUAAGGUAGCGAUCAACUGAAACAUUAACGGCUCGCACCGUAGAGAGUUCUGGCCCAUCCCGAUCCAGAUACUCAACUACCUACCUUUACGAGUAGGUGUCACCAUCAACAUCGCUAACCCGACCCACUCGCCCUCCUCAUCCCCUCAUGUGGGGCAAGCACAGCGGAAGAUCUACGAAUCACCAGAUACUUACUGGCCUCCUCCCACGCACGUCCAACGCAGCAUCGCUGCACAAAACCUCGGGUCAAGCACAAAUAUCCCAAUCGAUCUCCAGUCCUCUGGCACACAUGCAUAACUCUCGCGCGCUGGUAUUCGCCCAAAGUCCCCCACGACCCGCUUAAUUCCUACUCGGUGACCCCGAUGCAGCUAGUGUCAUGCAGAACACAGUUACUCGGUCUCACGCUCGCCCAAUGGCAGCGACACUUUUGGAGGUGUGAGUGUGAGCUGACGGGAUUGAGGCUCCGCGAGGAAUUGCCAGCACUGAACUGCUGCACCGGAUCGAUGUCGUACUGCGUGCUCCUGUAUGCUGGAAAAGCCGAUCCUGGACCUGACACCCAUAAAGUCCUUUUGCCGUCGUGGCAAUCCUGUCCCGUCCCCCAUUCCCCCUCACCAACGUCAGUCAGUUCACUCAGUCAGUCAGUCAAUAGAGGGGCCGUUCCCGCCUCGCCAUCAAACGUCAGCAAAACGAAGCAAAGAUAGGAGCGCUGUGAACAUGUCUUAGCGAUGUUGGAAACUAUGAGCUCGCAACUGGCCGGUGGCGUCGGUGUUGGUGCCAUCCCACAGCGCAGAGUGAGGGGCCCAGCUGGUCCAGGCAGGAGGGAGUCCAAAGUCGCAUAUCGCAACCAUCCAAGCUACUCGACCCGACACAAUAACGCUGGUGCAGCUUACCCUUCAUCGCCAGAGCAUUUAUUUUCACGAAAUAGUACUAAUGACCAGUAUGGCCAGCUCCGCGAACAGAGCGCCGGCCCUAAUUUGGAUAUCCUGAGUGGCUACUUUGAUGUUCACCGCCAGUCAGCUGGAAACUCCAACUUCAAUUCCAAUCCGGUAGUGCAUCAAAACCUAUCGGAUGAGAACUCAUGGUUAUCAAUUUCAUCCCCAAACUCAUAUACGUUGGUCGCGAACCUCCCGAACUCGUCACAGAAUUAUGGUGGGAAUCAUGGCCAGUCUCCAGGAAGCGAUGUGCCCCAGAUGUCCGGCAACAAUGUCCAGGAGGCAUCCUGGAACACAAGUACUCCCCAGACUAGCACCUUGGACUCCGAAAUGGAUGAUAUGUCCAUGUCUGAUCUGCAAAUUGGCAGCUUUGGCAGCUUCAAUAGCUUAACAUUCUCGGCAGCAAAUACCGCGGCCUCCUCCAAUUCUGACACUUACGUUUUUCCAAUUACCAACUCUAAUCUCGAUUCCGCUGGAAACCAAUUGCAGGAUUUGGUACUUCCAAGUAAGUCUCUACGAUCCUCUCUUCAUUGAUGGCCGUGAUUGGAUUAUCCUCGAGUCUCGUGCAGCAUUGGCAGAUCCUCCCUCCUAAUACUGAUAAUGGUAGACGGCUUCCACCGAAUUGGGCCUCCGUUUGAUGCGCCAUCUCCUGGUACCGCGACUACUAACUCACCACACUUAUUCACAGAAGACUUCCCAUUUGAUCAUGAUGGCUUAGUAUCACCAAUUUGGACUUACAAUGACAACGCUAUGAUGUAUGCAACGGAAAGCGGACAGUGGUCUGCGACAACAUUGAUCGCUCCGCAUCAAACCCAGCAAAAUCAGACAAUAAACAAUGCAGACUUUCAGCCGGAUGUUCCAUGGAACUCGCAAUUUGCCCAAGACAGUCACUUCCAACUUGAUGCAACUGCGGGCGGCAUAGCAUUUGAACCUAUUCGCGGUGCGCCUUAUGAGACCCACUUAGCCAGGCAAGACUUCUUGGAUGCUGGCCCUUCGAAUAUGAACCAGCUCAACCUGGACCAUCUCAGUCCAAACAGCGAAAACGACAGCAAAUCAUGGGCGCUUAUUUCCAAUCCAAGCAGCAGCUAUGCCCCAUCCCAUGGAUCCCCCACGUCGCAAAACUCUCCGCUAUCUCAUGCUCCCUCACCACCGGCUCAGGAACCUGAGGUCCACCAUUCACACAUCUUCAACUCUAUCCCAAGUGCUCCGAGAGCUAAAGCUACCCGUGGACGUCAAAGAGGACUGACAGCGGUAGAAAAGAAACAAGCGAGAGAUGUCCGUGAAGCGAAAGCAUGCUGGGCUUGCCAUAUAUCGAAAACAAAGUGCUCUCCAUGCUCGCCAGGAAAACCUUGCGAACAGUGUGCAAGAUUGGCUGGAAAGAGGCGAUUCUGUCUUUUCUCGUGCUUCAAUGACCCACUGGAGUCCUUAUACACGUUUCUCGUUCCAUCUUACCUUAUGGGACACUUCACCAAAUCCAACGUCGAGUCUUUCGUAACUAGGAAUGCAUCGAGUUGGGGCACGCAACACAUGCUCAUUCGAAUGGAUUGGGGCUAUCCAAAAUUCCUAGAGGCGGAAGUCGUUGCACUUGCUCUGCGGAGCAGUUCUUCGGAGAUGGGAUUCUUCCAUCAAACAGUGUCGAACGGAAACGCUCGACCGCAAUUAGUGCGAAAGUCGAGUCCACCGCUUGGAAUUCCGCUUGCUGCGAUGGACGAGAUGCAAGACGCCUACUCCAAAUACAUUCAGGAUAUCGUGCAGAGCGGCAUUGCUUCGUACAUACCAACGGCUUAUAUUGACCAAGAAUCGGAACUCCCAACACGUCUUCUUGAAGCAGUUGCCUCAUUUUACAGCGCUGGUCAUGCGGCUGAUAACGAAUCCGAACUCCUCCGCCGAGCCCUCGAAAUGCAUGUAACCUCGGUAAUCCUCGAACGCAGCCUCUUCCUCGACCCGAAUUCGUUACAACAAGUCCAAAGCCACUUAGGAAAGGAAUACCACAGACGGUCGUCUCCAAGGUGUGCGCAAAGGCAGAUCAAGUUGGCUUUCUUCAUGUUACAACAAAGACGGAUUCAGUCGGUAUUGAAGGAUUGGGGUGCCAUGAUCUGGGCCACGAACCCAAGUGCCACCAAAGACAAGGAGUGGGCGCUUGCAUUCAGCGUGUUCCUCAUCCUCAUCCUCGUAAUGGACAAGACACUCGGUGCAGCCUAUUUUUACUGCGAAGGACGCAUAAAGCACCACGGCCAUCAAGCGUCGACAGAACGAGUGUUAUUCCAGGACCUCGUACAUUUGACGCAGAAGGAACUUUUUGAGAGGUGCAAAGAGAUCUUCCAUUGGAAAUUCAAGACUCGGAAAGGAGGCAAGGAGGCUUGCAACCCAAUCCGAGAUGGCAUUGAUGCUUUCCAGGGAAAGUCCAAGACUGUGGAUCGGGAUGUUGUGAGAUUUGUAAUGGACUUGCAACGAAUUGUGGGCAAGCACGAAGAAGCUGUGCGAUUGCACAGAUCCUCCGAUCGGGACGAGGAUUCCGAGUACACGGAUGCUGGACGGCUCGCAUGCAUCUUCUUGGACGACUUUUUGAGCCAUGUGUGAGAGGACAGGACGAUCCAAAACUGGUUUGGCAGUGGUGUUUCGGCGAUUCAAGAUGGGAUUUGAUGUAGCGAGAACGCACAACAGGCAUUUGCGGGUGUGGUUUCUGUACUUACUUGACCCUUCUUGUGUACAAUUCCGCCUUCUCGGUCUUGGAUCUCGUUUUUGGAUGAUAUUGUACUUUAACGGCCGACAUAAUUGUAAGACAGGACAUGCAAAAAAGAGGUAAAUGACGACGUUAACGAAGAAAAGUCGGAAUCAAUGACCAGAUUAAAACUGCUUAUACUGCAUCUCUCCCUGUGACAGCUGUGACAACAGUCACCUACUCGUGGCAGCCUGUAGCGAGCAGGACAUUAGGCAUGACUGGAAUGACUGGGAGACUCUGAGAAAGUGACUCUGCAACUCGGCGUGGACUUCGCACCCGUUCUGAAUUAUCUGGAUACAGGUAGCCCAUCCGGUGGACAUCAACCCUGCAUGGCACUUGCUGUGAUGAGCGGCCGAACAGCGUCCCUAUGCAAGGCACCGAUGAAUCCAGCAGGGGGGAUGCAUCCACGACGUCAGUAGCUAGGCCUCCGCCACAGCCCUGAAGAUCCACUGCCACAAUCUAGUCUCGUCUUGAAGUCGGGAGGCCGUUUCUUGACUGCAAUUGCACCGUUCAAACUGCAAGCGUGACAGCAGAAAGGCCGCGGCUGAAACGAGAGCUCCUUUGUUUCGUUCAUUCGUCCGGCGUGUGCAGCAGUGAGAUUGUAAUACGGAAUGACUCAACUACAGAUUUGUUCGCGCCCUUCUUUGCGGUUUGCUUGACCGGUGAAGAGUGGAUACACAGAUGCUGGAGGGCAUAGCCGAUAUGCCUCACUCGAGGGCAGCGUGAUUUAGUUCGUAAUCAAACGCAGAUGACCUUCGACCGUCUUGACAGAAAAGUGAGGCUGAUGAUCGAAAACUCGACGAUCUCGAUAAUCGUCCGGAGGGCCGUUUGUGACAUCACUGGCUCCCACGACGCCGGUACAGAGUACACAAGCAAGUGAUCAGCGGCUGUCAGAUAGACAAGACAAGAUGAAAGGUAGUAGUGGAAAUAUGUGCCGCGCUUCUGGGCCUUGCGGCGAACGACCAAGUACUGGAAAGGUCUCAAAGCAAACGGCCACCAGGGCAGGCCCUUGAAACAAAACCACAAAUUAUUUCUCGGAAUCGUGGGGUGGUAGGGAAGGGGUUUGCAGAU